AUGAACCCAGUUUUUCUUCAUCACAACAACGAUUAUUCUAAUAUUAAGUCUCUUCUCUCAUCCCUCUUUCACCACUCCAGUCCGGUGGAAAGUAGUCGCUUUGGGUCCUCUGGGAACCUGAGCCAGACCAGCUCCCAGCUUAGUGAGACAGGCCAGGAGAGUACUCCAGGCUCAGGGCUGGAAGAGUCAUUCCACUCCUACCACAGUACCGGCUUCCGCCCCUCCACCAAUGUCCAGCAACCUACCAACGGACACAUCCCCAGCAAUGGACACUCUGUUUUGGGGAAGGGAGAGUUGGGCAGACCCUGCCUGGAUGUGGGGAAAAGUUUAAAUGGCUCUUUGAAGAAAUUAGACCACUCAGUAGAGAAAAGAUCCAACAAACAUUUACAAAGGUGAGUCUUUGUAUUACAGAAAGUGUUGUGAAUUUAGAACCUCCACUGAAUAGUACAAGUACAUUCUUGGUGACUCUCACUUUGUCUCUCAACCCACACACAUCAGUUUCCACGACGAUGGGCCUCCUUUGCCCUUCUCUCCAUCCAGAAUACGCUGGUUGAAGGCCAUCAACAAAGUCAGGGAUCAGCUUCAGGAG